AUGGUGGGCGGCAAUCCUCAGCAUGACGCUUUUGGAUUUCGAACCUGGCGUAACCCAGGCCCCAUAGCCGAGUAUCUUCACACCGGAAGGCUAGGCCGCUUCGAAGGAGUACUUGUUGCGCUAUGGACGGCCAGCUUUACUAUCAUGGGCCCAGAAUUCAUAAACCUCCUAGCCGCUGAAGCCAAACGACCGCGAAUCUACCUCAAGAACGCUUUCAAAAUUCUAUACUACCGGCUUUUCUUCGUCUACAUACUGGCUGCUAUCAGUGCCGGAAUCCUCGUUGCUUACAACGACCCCACCCUCGUGUCUGUGUUCUUGACAAAUGGAGGAGGCAGUACUGAAGCAGCAUCCCCAUUCAUCCUCGCAAUGGAGAAUAUGAUGGUUGCGGGCUUUCCCCAUUUAAUCAACGCUGUCCUCAUAACCACCAUCUUCUCUGCUGGUAACACGUACAUGUACUGUGCGAGUCGAAAACAACGGCGUCCCGAUCUACUGAUGUGCUUCCCGUUGCUGUCGCUUCUUUCGCUUGGCAAUGGAUCUUCGCAAGCCCUGACAUGGCUCACCAAUAUCAUCACCGCCGGAGUUAUCAUCGACUACAUCGCGAUCUGUGUUACAUACAUCUUCUUCUAUCGCGCCUGUCAAGCACAGUCCGUCGAUCGCAAGACCUUCCCCUACUUCGGACGCUUCCAGCCGUACAGUGCAUGGAUUGGAUUGGUCCGGGAAUGUCUGAUCAUUAUCUUCUACGGGUACUCCAGCUUCAUUCCUUGGGACGUCUCGAACUUUUUUACCCACUACACUAUGCUCUUUCUGGCGCCGGUGCUUUACUUCUCGUGGAAGAUCUUCUGGCGUACUAAGGUGGUUAGGCCCAAGGAGCGGACUUGGUCUGGGAGAGGCCAAUGA